AUGGAACAGAAUGGUGAGGGCGGCCGUGGCGGCCAUUAUCAGGCUCGCUUUCGACAGCGGGGACAGGACUACGAUGAGUAUGUGCCGCGAAGGAAAAUACACGGUCAGCGCUCUGUUGACUUUUACUCUUCAGCCAUUCGACACGUGACAACUCGUCUGCUGCAUCGCAACACGCCAUACGGCUUUCAUGUGGAGCCGCAUCCGUACUACUCGAAGGACAUGCUACCUGCUGCACAGACACCAUUUAACCCGAGUACGGCUCUCUGCACACAGUGGGUGAACACCUCCUUUCACCCAGACUCGCGUGCUGGGCACACUCGUGUGCCGCUCAUGAAUCUGAAGUGGGCCCCCAAUGGUCGUCGCCUUCUGUGCUCUACCGGUCGUGGUGAGUUUCUCCUUUUUAAUGGGCACUCAUUUGGCGUGGAGGUUAAGACCGUAGCCCACGAAGAUCACCGGCCUUGUCGGGCCAUAACGUGGGGAAACAACAGUGAUUUGAUCAUAAGUGGUGACGACGCGGGUAUCAUAAAACUUUGGCUGUCAAAUUUUGUUCUUGUAGCGGUGUAUAAUUCACAUCAUCGCGCUGUACGGGAGGUCACAUGGGCGCCAUUGGAAGGUAAAUUUUGUACAUGCGGGCAAGAUGGUUCUGCGCGUGUGUGGGACACAAAUGCGGUGGGCACUGACCCGCAGCAGGCGAGAGAGGAGGUGAAGUUAGAGGGACAUGGCGGUGAUGUGGUUACAGUCGACUGGCAUCCGUUUUAUUCACUUAUCCUUACGGGAAGCCAAGACCGUGAUUGCCGAUUGUGGGAUCCACGUACGGCUUCACGUGGAAGCAUUGCCGCUUUGCAGGGUCACGCGCAAUCGGUUAACUGUGUGCGGUGGAAUCCAAACGGGACAACGCUGCUUUCUGCGUCGAAGGACUGCACCGUAAAACUCUGGGACAUCCGCAUGGUUCAAGAAAUUGCCUCAUAUGAGGCUCAUUCAAAGUCUGUGGAACGAGUGGAGUGGCACCCGCAUGUGCCAGACCUAUUUGUUAGUGCAGGGGCUGACGGAAGCCUCAUGUACUGGCUGGUUGAUGCAUACGAGGUCACUCAGGGCCAAGGUGGGUUUUUGCACAUUAUCCACGAAACGGCAAUGGUUGAAAACGCCCACGAUCGGUUUCGCGAUGUUGCAAAUCCGGUGAACGCCAUUGCCUGGAAUCCAUUAGGCAGCCUUCUUGCCUCUUGCUCAGCCGAGGUAAAAUACUGGCAUCGCAACAAGCCGGGGGCCAUGGAGGAGAAGGAGCGUGGCGAGGAGGACGACGUUUUUGAAAUGACAGAGCAGUUGUAG